AUGGGUGACAGACUCACUCAACUGCAAGAUGCUGUGGAUCAGCUUGCCCAGCAAUUCGUCGCAAGCUUCCACUUCGUCCACCGACGCCACGACCUAGAACUUCUUAGCCCCAACGACAAGAUACGCGAUGUCAAGCAGGAACCAGAUCAGAAGGAGGUGGACCCGCUCCCCGCGGACGAAUUCAAGGAAGGCCUAGCUGAGCUGUCGCGCGACUUGAUUAUAACGGAACAACAAAUCGAAGUCCUCAUUUCCAGUCUGCCAGGCUUGGAUAGCAGCGAGGUUGAUCAGGAGCGAUAUAUACAGGAGUUGGAAGACGAGCUCAAGGUUGCCGAGGCACAGAGACAGGACGCGAUUAAGGAGAAGGACCAGAUCCUCGGCAAGCUCGACGAGGUCAUCAGAAGCAUUCGCAGACCUUGA